UAUCUUUAUUAUUCGAGUCUCGACACGGAACCUCCUCCAUUUAUAGUCUUCAACCCUCUCCCUUGCAACUUCCCCAAAUCGGCUCUAUAUAUCCAAAAAGCUUUUCGAUUAGGUGACACUUGGUCUGCUGCUUUCAUUUAGUUGUCAAGAAUUGUUUUGAUUGUCGCGGUGUCCGAAUUAUUUUCUUCUUUCCAUUGCAGUGUUCUCGGUUAAUUUUUGUUUUCUUCUGUUUCUUGCUCCUCGCCGCAUAAACAUAUACCUUACAAUAGAAACAAUAUUCCUAUUUUCUGACUUCUGGCUACUCCUACUGGUCAUUUCCUAAAUUUUAUUUUCGGAAUUUUAAUAUGAACCACAAAGGUAUCCUUGUUAAAUGUGGAGGAUUUUCAACUCAACUAUCGAAGCACGUAAACGAAACCAUCGAUGGUGACCCCCUAUGGAGUGCACGCUACGAUGUCACUCAUCCUGAUGCAGUUAUUCGAACCCACUUGGAUUUUCUUGAAAAUGGCGCUGAUAUUAUCCUGUCAAAUACUUAUCAAGCUAGUGUGGAGGGAUUCAUGAAGCAUUUAAAUUUAACUCGAGAUGAAAGUAUUGAAGUGAUGAAAAGUAGUGUGAGACUAGCUAAAAGGGCCAAGGAGAUUUAUUUGAAGACAAAUUCUUCAACAUCUACUGAAAGUGGACUUCCCCUGGUCAUGGCAUCUAUUGGACCUUAUGGUGCACAUUUAUGUGAUAAAUCUGAAUACAGAGGGAGCUACGCAGAAAGUGUUACACCGGAUGUAAUGCGUGAUUGGCAUAGAGUUCGAAUCGAAGCUUGUUUAAGUGAAGGUGUUGAUGGUCUAGCAAUUGAAACGAUUCCAUGUCAAAAAGAAGCUGAGACAGUUGUUGAUCUUUUGUGCGAAGAAUUUCCAAGUACAAAAUUCUGGGUUUCAUUUCAGUGUAAAGACAACCAACAUCUUGCACAUGGUCAAAAGUUCAAGGAUGCAUAUUUGUCCAUACAAAAAAGACUUGAAGAUAAAUCAGCAAUUACAAACUGUAUGGCUAUUGGAGUUAAUUGUGUUGAUCCCAAGAUUGUAGCAUCACUAUUUCGUUCGGUUCAGGGAAACAACAUUCCAUUCAUUGUCUAUAGCAAUCGUGGUGAAGAAUUCGAUGAACAAAACGGCUGGACAGGUGCUGAAAAAUGUGUUCCUUUAGCAACAUUCGUCCCGGAAUGGUCUCAAUUGGGAGCGAAAAUCAUUGGAGGAUGCUGCCGGGUUUAUCCAAGCGAUAUUUUAAGUAUAAGAAAGUCUAUCGAUGAUAGGUCUUAACCGAUUACACCUUUAAAGAUAUAUAAUUUAAUUGUAUUAUGUAUUGUUAUGUACAUUUGUUUCCUAUGAAUUGUAUGGGUAUUUUAUUUAUCAAAUGUUUUAUUUUUUAUUACAAAUAAUAAAAUAAUAAUUGUUUUCUCGCA